AUGCAAAGUAACGGGUAUCACAACUCUCAUUAUUUUCUAAUUUCUCGGGCCUCUGAAAGUGAAACUUGUCAAGAUGGAUUGAAAUCAGAUGAAGUAGCACACAACCACCGGAACAAAUCGCUUGCUAGCCGUGGUGAAAUGCUCAUUAAACUAGAUUCCAGUACAGAGGCGAUCAUCGCCGCGAACACCACCGGAUGUCGAUCAAUGGGGUAUGACUGCAGGUCGCAGUUACUGCAAAGUUUGGCAGCCAUUGAGGCGGAAUUGGAUGAUCUUACUCGUUGCUUUGAAAACGAUCCGCCAGUGGCUGAACGCCGGAGUUUGCUGCAUCGUUGCGGCAUCGCUCUACGGAAACUCGGUCAGUUUCAUGAGGCACAUGCGGCAUUCCUAGAGGCAAAGUUCGCCGCGCGAUUCAGAUGCUCCGAGGAUGUUCCAGAAAGCGUGCUCAGCCAGAAUUUGCGGCAGUGUGACAAUCAAGACUCUUCGGAUCGGAACAUGCAUCCUCCGCUGAUUUUCCAUUCCAAACCAUGGACUGGUUUUCAGAUCACCGAGAACAUCUCAUUCACCGACUGCAUUUCCCAGGAGCCAGGGUCAUUCCGUGUUCGCUCCAACGGUUUGUUGGGGUGGAAUCUUGUGGCCAAUAGGGAUAUUAUUCCUGGAGAAUUGAUCGCAGCUGAAACGCCAUACGUUCGUGUUCCGGACCCAGGCAAAGAGCUACGUCAUUGCUACCAUUGCUGCAAGCGAUCACUCAGCUUGAUCCCAUGCCGAAACUGUUCAGAGGGUCAGAUGGAUAACAGCAACAAGAAGGCCGCACACUCCGGAAAUUCCGUGCGACCACGGUCUUCGCUGUUUGCUUUCUCUGGCCACGAAACCGUGCCGGCUGCCGUCGUCAGAACAGAUUUUUGGCAACGGAUUGUGGCCGCCGUGUUUCUCGCUCACUGUUUAUCGGCUGGUGGCUACCCUCUUGACUGGGAAGAUGAUCCAAUGUUGACGCCUUCACAUGCACUAACAGGUGACGAUCGAUCCACACUCCCGGCAUCCUGGGCUGCCGCCUGUUUGUUGUAUCAUCUCCAAGCAGACAUGUGUGCAACCCGCUGCCAAACCGUUGUCUGUCGGGAACAAGACGCGGUGAACUCAUCUUGA